UAAGCCUACGUCAUCCCCGGUACUCUCCCAGCCGGCAGGAUUGAAGCAAGAGUUUGGAAUUGCACCACACUCCACCCGUUAAACAGUAUAAUAUCUGAAUACUUUGUUUCACAAAGUACUAACGCCGCCAUGACUUUCGAUGUGAGAAGGUUUGAUAUCUACAGGAAGGUGCCUAAAGACCUGACCCAGCCUACCUACACUGGAGCCUUCAUCUCAAUAUGCUGCUGUGUCUUCAUGCUCUUCCUCUUCCUCUCGGAGCUGACUGGAUUCAUAGCCACAGAAAUAGUAAAUGAAUUGUAUGUGGAUGACCCCGAUAAAGACAGUGGGGGGAAGAUUGAUGUGAGUGUAAACAUCAGUUUGCCAAACUUGCACUGUGAUUUGGUGGGACUGGACAUCCAGGACGAAAUGGGCCGCCAUGAGGUAGGCCACAUCGAGAACUCCAUGAAGGUGCCCCUCAACAACGGCUACGGCUGCCGCUUCGAAGGAGAGUUCAGCAUCAACAAGGUACCUGGAAACUUCCACAUCUCCACACACAGUGCAACGGCCCAGCCCCAAAACCCUGACAUGACCCAUAUCAUUCACAAACUGGCCUUUGGCGAAAAGCUGCAGGUACAAAAUGUCCAAGGGGCCUUCAACGCAUUAGGGGGGGCAAACCGCCUAGAAUCGAACGCCCUCGCCUCCCAUGAUUACAUUCUGAAGAUUGUCCCAACGGUGUAUGAGGACUUGUCGGGGAGGCAGCGCUUCUCCUAUCAGUACACAGUAGCCAACAAGGAAUAUGUAGCCUACAGCCACACAGGAAGGAUCAUCCCGGCUAUCUGGUUUCGCUAUGACCUCAGCCCCAUCACCGUUAAGUACACCGAACGGAGGCAGCCCUUUUACCGGUUCAUCACCACAAUUUGUGCCAUCAUCGGUGGGACGUUCACCGUGGCGGGCAUCAUCGACUCGUGUAUAUUCACCGCCUCCGAGGCAUGGAAGAAGAUCCAGCUGGGCAAACUGUCAUGAGUUCCUGCGCUGAUCUGCUCAACCUAUUUAUACAAUUCAGACUCAUUCCUAACCGGUCUCCCUACUCCUGCUGAUGUCAUCCUCAGUACAAAGAGUCAUUAUUGCCAGCAGUCAUCUGCCCCCCCCCCCCCCCCCCCCACCACAACCUAAAUCCUGUGUGCUCAUAAGGACUGUGGACUGAUAAAUUACUCCCUUUCCAACCCCUCCAAAUCCCCCCUCCCAAUUUACGUUCAUUUUCGAAUAUGAAAAUCAGCAUUGUCUAUGUAUAGGAUUUUCUUGAGUUUCAAGAAGGAUAUUUUUCAGAUGUAAUUGACUUUUACUCAAUGUUUAUGGUGCUCUGUGUCUCGAGUUGCCUGGCAUGUUGUGGAUCAGUGUGAGACUACCUGUAUUAAACCAUGGCCAUGGGGCCAGUCCUCUGUAGUUGCAUAGCCCCCUUUAUGGUCUUGUCAUGGAGGUCAUGUAUUUGUAUGUCAAAAGAAUACUGUUGUCAUACUUGGGGAAUCCUGCUUCCGUUAAAUAUUCCCAUAGUAUGAACACUGAGUGGCCAUACUCAGUUCACCUAAUUUCGUAUUUAUAUUGUAGACUGUUGGAGAAGGUUGUUAAAGGGAUUUUGAAUCAUUGGUCUAUCAUUCCAGUUUGGGAAGACGAUAGUGAGGUACUUGCACCUUUUAUUUGUUGGAUCGGUUACAAAUUCAUUGUUGUGACCUUCACUCACAGAAUCAGACUAAUCUUUUUUUUUUUUAAAUCAAUGAUCCAACAGGUAAUGUUUUAUUAGUGCCUUCAAGGUCAUACUUUCAAAUGAAGAUCAUUGUUACGUAUUGAAUACGUGCGUAAUUUCUGGAAGGUCAGAGGUUUGGACCCCAAACUUGAUUGCAAAAACAGGAAGUUAGUUGUUACUCUAGCAGUAUGAUGAAAUAGAUAGAUUCUUGGUUCCCAAUGCAUUCUGGGCUUGGAAUUGCCCACCACUGCAGACCUUUUAGUUUGUUAUCUCAAUGUUUAAGUGUUACUUCAGAAAAAUUUCUUUUGACUUGAGAAAAAUAAAACUAAAAUGACAAAAAAAA